GAUCAGUGCCCAGCAGUGCCACCCAGCAGUGUCCAUCAGUGCCUCCCACCAGUGCCCAUCAGUACCUCCCACCAGUGCCACCCAGCAGUUGCGCCCAUCAGUGUCCAUCAGUGCUGUCCAUCAAUGCCCAUCAGUGCCACCUAUCAGUGCCCAUCAAUGUCGCCUAAUAGUGCCGCCUAUCAUGCAGCAUCAUCAGUGCCUCCUCAUCACUGCCCACCAGUGCCGCCUCAUCAGUGCAGCCUAUUAGUGCCCAUCAGUGCUGCCUAUCCAUGCCACCUCAUCAGUGCCCAUCAGUGCUGUCUA